AUGCUCGACCAGCUGGCGGGCAAGCCAAGCCCGUCCUGGCGCCGCUCCCAGGUCCGCUGGCCUCCUCAUCUCAUCUCGGGCACCACAUCGCCUGACCGCGCGCUCACACCCUCUUGGGGCUCACAGGUCGGCCUCGUCCUCCUCUUCUGGAUCUCCCGCAUCCUCCUCUCGCCCGCCAAAGGCCCGCGAGUCCUCUACCUCCGCCGCCUGAACCGCCUCCUCGCCCGAUUCACUCCCUGGCAAAUCAUCCUCUCGACACUCACCAUCCUCUACGCCGUCCGUCAUGGCGAUGUACUGCUGGGAUUGCAGGCGCCUGAGCCGCUUGCGAGGCUGUACUCGAGGGAUUACUACAGGGCCACCUGGUUCGUCACCGCUCUCGACGCCGGUUUCGCGACGGCCAUGAACAUCCGCUGGAAAUGGCUGCGCGACAUCGCCUCUUUGCUCUUCUCGGCGUACUACCUGCUCUUAGCCAACGAAGCAGACGAGAAGCUGCGCAAAUUCCGCGCCUUUUGCACAGUCGAGAUGCUCCGCGUGACGUGGGAGAAGACGUCGAACCCGUACAUUCGGUUCUUUACGCGCAAGGACCGCCCGCCUGUCACGGUUCGGAGAAAGCUCUUCCUCCCGAGACCGCAAGGGAGCCGGUAUACCAAACCCCUCACCGUCUACCUCUACUACCACGGCCCCUCACUCUCCACCGCCCACGAACUCGUCAUGGACAUCCCCGGCGGAGGAUUCAUCUGCAUGAACCCGGAGCACCACGAGGAACGGUUGUUGAGGUGGGCGAGGAAGACGGGAAAGGUGGUCGUUAGCUUCGAUUAUGGGAAGGCCCCCGAGUACCCCUUCCCCUACGCGAUCGACGAGAUGUACGACGCCUACUCGCUCUUGCACGCGACGAAGGGUCGCUGCAUCGGCAUGAACACGAGCGGAGAGAAGGAGCUCAGGGUCGUGUUGACCGGCGAUUCGGCCGGCGCCAACAUCGCGACAGGCGUCGUCCUCCGCAUCCUCGAGAACCGCCAGUUCGCCUCCUCCUCCUCUCGCCCAUCCUCCUCCUCGACCACUCCGAUCCCUCCCCUCCCCGUUGCCCUCGUUUUCGCCUACGCCGCCCUCUCCUUCCACUUCACCUCCUGGAUGUCCUCCUCAGACCUUCGCGUCCUCCGCUCCGAUUCUCAUCCCGACAUCGCCUCACUCCUCCGUCAGAAGGACCACCUGGACCACCGUUCUCCGCUUGCGGUUGUUGAGGACGUGGAGAAGCGGAGUAGUGGGAGCGAGAGGGGGAGGCCGAAAGUGUUGAGGCGGCGGAGGACGACAAGUUGGGGACGCGGGUUGGUGAGAGGUUUACCGGGGAGCGCGAGUUUCGCGGCGAUCAGGGAGGGAUACUUCACGAGCUCGAAGAAGGCGGCGUCGAGCGAUCAAGUUGACCAAGCGGCGCGGGACGAGGAGGAAGAAGUACCGGUGACGGACGAGACGGAGAAGUCGCUCAGCGAGCGGGUGGUCUGGUGGGACGACCAGGCUUUCGGAGGGGGAGAACAGGUGCAGCGUGCGUUGGGGGAGAAGGUGAGGGAGGAGGAGAAGGGGGUUGGGGUGCGCGAGAAGGGGAAACAGGUUGCGGCGGUUGAUGGAGGGGAGGAGGGCGUGUUGAGCGAGACGAGGUUGGCUAUGACGAGUCGGACGGCGUUCUUCAAUGAUCGCAUCAUCUCGCCCUCAAUGUGCCGCGCCAUGGCUCUUCUCUACAUCGGGCCACGCAACGCGCCCGACCUGCACUCCGACUACCACAUCUCGCCCAUCUUCACUCCGCCCGCUCUCCUCGCGCAUUUCCCGCCCGUCUAUCUCUCCUGCGGCGAGCGAGAUCCGUUCGUGGACGAUACUGUCCUCUUCGCCGGCAAGUUGCGCGAAGCGAAGGAGAGCCGCAAGCUCGAGCUUCUCUCGCGCGAAUCUCGCUUCGGCGCCGGCUUGCGCAUGUCGUCGUCGACGACCGCGCGCGACCCGAUUCUCGACCAAGACGAGGACGACUGGGUGCAGACGAGCAUCAUCGCCGGCUGGAGCCACGGCUACCUCCAAAUGGUCAGCCUCCUGCCCGCCGCCGAGAAGGUGAUCGACAUGCAUGCAGACUGGAUCGUCGAGGCUUUCGAGCGCGCUGGGGAGGCGGAGGUCACGCCAACGCCGGGAGCUGCCCAGCCCAGCUUGCGAAGGUUGUUGUCGCCCAUCGCUGCUUCGCCGCUGGACGCUGCGACACCGAAGGGACGUGCGGGGACUCCAGCACAGCCGAUCAACAUCGUCCCGCCGACGCCGGUCGUCCCGCAGGUCGAGCUGGACGAGGCAGUCGGAUCGCCUACGCCUCCCUCCGUCACUGCGACGCCCGACCCCGAAGGCCUUAGGACGCCGGCUCAGACGUCAGAAGGCGAGGAAGACGUCCUGACAUUCACGCCUCGCCGCCGCCGUGGCUCGUCAAACGCAAGCAGGACAGGCAGCCCGUCUCCUGCCGUCGUGCCGAACAAGGUCUCGCCGCCGUCGCCGACGAGCCCGACGUUCACGCGCCGCACGAGCAGCCAGAGUGGUUCGCACGACGCGCACCUCGUCACGCCCGUUGAGCGAGCGCUAAGGGAAGACUUGCAUGCCUCGCCGCUCGUCAAGCACAACCCGCCUGCCUCGCUGUCCGCGCCUACAACGGGAGCCACUCCCCGCUCAGCCACGCCCGGUACGGCUCGCCUGGCAUCAGCCGGCCGCCCCUCGUCCUUCUUCACCGCACCCAUCCAGUCUCCCGCACCCGUCCGCUCCGCCUCUCGCACGCUCUCCCCGCCUCCUGCGCCCUCCCCAGCAGCCAUCAAAGGCGCGCGCUCCAACUCGUCUGGCUCCCUCCCGGCCCCGCAGGGAACCGUCUUUAUCGACGCCAAGGAGCUCCUGCGACGGAGGAAGGAGGACGUCGUGUUUGGGAUCUCGUCGUCGAAUGGCGGGACGCCGAAGAAUGUCAGUCGGGACGGGAGUCGGAAGGGGAGCGACAAUGAGGGCGAGGGAGAGGGGAAGGGCGACAAGAUCGAGCGGAGGAAGACGGUCGACUGA